AUGGCAAUUUUAAACAUUUCUUGGUCACUAGCAACUCUCUUGUUCUCGUGCAUUGCACUAGUUGUUACAAGUCACACCUUCCCGCCAAAAUUCUUCAACGUUGUUCGCUACGGAGCUAUCGGAGAUGGCACCACCGACAACUCCCAGGCAUUUGUGAAAGCAUGGAAAGAUGCAUGUGCAUAUAAGGGAAGGAGUAGGGUUUGGAUCCCAAAUGGGAGAUUCUUGUUAAGCUCAGUCUCAUUUGAAGGCUCAUGCAAUGGCUCAAUGGCAUUUCUCCUCAAAGGGAGCCUCGUGGCCCCCACCGACCCCUCCUCCUUCACCGACACGUGGAUCGCCUUUCGCUACGUGUCCGCCCUAGCUGUGAAAGGCGGUGGCUCCCUCGAUGGCCAAGGCCAUUCCGCCUGGCAUCUCAACGAUUGCCAAAGCAACCCUCACUGCAAGCCUCUCCCAGUCACAUUGCGAUUCGACUUUGUGAGGAACUCGAGGGUCCAAAACAUCGAAUCAGUCAACAGCAAGAGCUCCCAUUUCAACGUUUUCGCCUGCGAAAACCUAACCAUAAGCCACGUGAAGCUCUCUGCGCCCGCAGACAGCCCCAACACCGACGGAAUCCACAUUGGCAGCUCGAGAAGCGUCACGAUAACAAACUCCCUCAUUGGCACGGGAGACGACUGCGUGUCCAUGGUCUCCGGCAGCCAAGACAUCAAGGUGAACGACGUCGUCUGUGGGCCCGGCCACGGCAUAAGCAUCGGGAGCCUAGGGAGGGGCCACGAGCGCGAGUAUGUCGAGGAUAUAACCGUUGCGAACUGCACCUUCAUCGCCUCCGAAAACGGCGUUAGGAUCAAAACAUGGUCGCCCUCUUCAUAUAGCAAGGCUUCCAAUUUAGUUUUCGAAAAUAUUAUUAUGAAAAAUUCCAAAAAUCCAGUUGUGAUUGAUCAGUACUACUGCCCCUCACCACAUUGCUAUAUGCAGGGAAAAUCAAGCUCGGAUGUGCAAAUAGAAGAUGUGACAUUUAAGAAUAUUAGAGGGGUGUCGAGCACGGAGGUUGCGUUGAAUUUGCAGUGCAGCGAGGCUAUGCCGUGCAAGAAUGUGAAGCUCAUCGACAUAGACCUUGCGUACGAGGGUCCGGGGAGACGGGCCACGGCCCUUUGUUCACAUGUUAUUGGCUCCUCUUAUGGCAAGCUUGUACCUGGGGGAUGUGUGUAG